AUGUCCGCAUCACCUUCUGUCUCGGCGGUUUCGCGUAUCGCCUAUCUGGCCUCCGAUUUCGUCGUGAACUCCCUCUCCCCUGCAGCGCCCUCGCCCUUCCAGGCCGCCCUCACCAAACUCGCAAGCUCGCCAGACAGCAGGGCCUCUGUCACAAAUCUUCCCUUCGGCGCAGACGCGGGCGACACCCUCCUCAGGCAUCGCUCCGCGCGCCUCCUCUCAUACACUGCGCUUGCUCACCCGCAGGUCCUCAACCACCUCCUCCUGCACCUGCCCGAGCUCUCUUCCACCUCGACCGUCUUCCAUGUCGCCGUGACCUCCGACCUGUCCGACGCGCUCGUGCUCCAGUCCUCGCUCCCCUUCGUGCUCUACUCUCGCACGGCUCAGCAGGCCCACGACCAUGCACUUCUGGCCUCAAGACUAGCAUUCGUCGAGUCUACGGCGGUGCUCCAUAUCUUCCAUGUCGGAGACGAGAGCGAGGCCGUCGAAGAGGUCGAAGCGGACCGCAUUGCGCCCUUCCUCUUCGCCGAGAGGCAGUCCCCCCGCGGCAGCGACCAGAAGUCGACCACCGACUCCGCUGCGCUCCUGAAGAUCUACCAGUCCGCCGCGUUUGCGACCGUGGCCCUCGUCCGCCGCGCGCUCCGGCCGCUCAUCCAGCACGGCACCUCCGAGCCCCAUACCGUGCUUUUCACGCUCGGACAGGCGGCCCUGGACUAUGAAAUCGAAGGCGUCUCAUUCGUCGACGUCGCGCUGCUCAAGCCUCUGCCGCCGUCCACUAUCCUCGGCGCGGUCUCUCCCUCGGUCACGCGCGUCAUCGUUCUCGAGCAGCUUCACCACUGGUCGAUGAAAUGGACGCCUUUAUACCUCGAGGUUGUCAGCGCCAUCCAGCAGUCAGAGCUCGACCCCACGCCGGUCGUUCAGUCUGGCAUUCUCGGUGAUGCGAGCGCAAUCAUUGAGUCGGACGUCUCUGCUCUCAUCGAGCAUGCUACUACUGCAGGCUCUGCGCGUCUGGCACUCGGCCCCGCUCCCUCCGCCCAGGCGUCUGCGCCUGCGCCACACGUUCCCAAGCACGAAGCUGCUUACACCAAAAUCCUCGCCAACCUCUUCACCGGACGUCUGGAUGUCCUCAACUCUCCCGAGCUCAUCGCAUCCCAAGGUGAAGUCGCGACUACCCCCGAGUUCGCUCUCGGUCGUGCGCGCGGUGAACUUGAGGAGCGGGAAGAGCUGGUCGCCGCCGUGCGUGAGCUUCUCCGGGACCCGAACGUCUCUAUCGAGAUCCACUCGCUGCUCAGCCGGUGGCUCGGUGCGAAGGAUGACGGCGUCAAGAGCAAGCAGAUCGGUGAGGAGCUCUCAACCGCACUCGAGGCCGAGAAAUCUUCGAGCCCAGCGGCGCAGAAGAUCCUCAUCCUCCGUCGCCUCCUCCCGGCGCGCUCGCGGUGGAUCAUCGGUUCGGACGCGUGGGCGUACGAUCUCGGCGCGUCCGGUCUGCACCACGCGAUCGCGUCCAGGCUGAACGUGAACGUCCUUAUCCUUGACACGACCCCCUACAGCACCCGCAACUCUGUCGACCCCCACCGGAGGAAGCAGGACGUCGGGCUGUAUGCGAUGAACCACGGCGACGUCUUCGUCGCGAGCACGGCGGUGUACUCCUCGUACGCGCAGGUGCUCCAGGCGAUCAUGGAGGCGGACCGCUACAACGGCCCGAGCGUCGUGCUCGCGUACCUGCCGUACAGCACGGAGCAGACGCCCGCGCUCGAGAUCCUGAAGGAGACGAAGCUCGCGGUUGACUCCGGCUACUGGCCGCUGUACCGCUGGAACCCCGCGAAGGAGCGCGAGGGCAAGGAGCCGUUCUCGCUCGACUCGGACUUUGUGAAGAACGAGCUGCAGGCGUUCCUCGACCGCCAGAACCACCUCUCGCAGCUCACGCGCUCCGCGCCGGAGGUCGCGGCGGAGCUGGUGGGCAGUCUGGGCGAGAACUUGAAGCAGGCAAGGAAGAUGCGCGCGCAGCAGACGUACCUGGAUUUGCUCCAGACGAUCGACGCGCCCCCGCUUACGGUCUUGUAUGGCUCGGACGGCGGGAGGGCGGAGAAGGUCGCGAAGAGGCUCGCGACGCGCGGUAAGAUGCGUGGCUUGUCCACGACUGUCGCGACUAUGGACUCGAUCUCAGUCGAGGACCUCGCGAGGGAGGAGGUUGUUGUCUUCGUCACCUCCGUCGCCGGCCAGGGCGAGUUCCCGCAGAACAGCCGCACGCUCGCGAAGGCGCUCAACGGCGCCGCCGCGAAGGGCGACAGGGUGCUCAACACCGUGCGCUUCUCUGUUUUCGGUCUUGGGGACUCGCACUACUGGCCGCGCGCGGAGGACGCGCACUACUACAACAAGGCGGGCAAGGACCUCGACGCGCGCCUGGCGCAGCUCGGCGCGGAGCGCUUCGUGCCGCUCGGGCUGGGGGACGACCAGGACGCGGACGGGCCCGAGACGGGGUACAAGGCGUGGGAGCCGCUGUUGUGGAAGGCGUUGGGGGUGGACGCGGUGGAGGUGACGGAGAAGGAGCCGGAGCCGAUCACGAACGAGCACAUCAAGGUCGCGUCGCAGUAUUUACGGGGCACGAUUGCGGAGGGGCUGGCGGACGAGAGCACGGGCGCGCUCGCGCCGAGCGACACGCAGCUCACGAAGUUCCAUGGGAUCUACCAGCAGGACGAUCGGGAUAUUAGGGACGAGCGGCAGGCGCAGGGCGUUGAGCCGGCGUAUAGCUUCAUGAUCCGCGUGAGGAUGCCGGGAGGGGUGUGUACGCCGGAGCAGUGGCUGUUGCUGGACCAGAUCUCGGACGAGCAUGGGAAUGGGACGUUCAAGGUCACGACGCGCCAGACGUUCCAGUUCCAUGGGGUUAUCAAGCGGCACCUCAAGUCGGCGAUCCAGGAUAUCAACCGUGCUCUGCUCGAUACGCUCGCGGCGUGCGGUGAUGUCAACCGGAAUGUUAUCGUUUCGACCGUCCCUUCGCUGUCCAAGCUGCAUCGCCAGGCGUUCGAGUUCGCGACAAAGGUCAGCGAGCACCUGCUCCCCCGCACGUCCGCGUACCACGAGAUCUGGCUGGACAAGAAGCUCGUGGCGGGCGACGCGCUGAAGGACGUCGAGCCGCUCUACGGCGAGUUCUACCUGCCCCGCAAGUUCAAGGUCGCGGUCGCGAUCCCGCCGAACAACGACGUGGACGUGUUCGCGAACGACGUCGGCUUCAUCGCUGUCGUGGACAAGAACGGCGAGCUCGCUGGGUUCAACGUCACUGCGGGUGGUGGUAUGGGUGUUACCCACGCGAACAAGAAGACGUACCCGAGAGCGGGUAGCGUGCUUGGCUUCUGUACUGUUGCGCAGGGUGUUGAGGUUGCGGAGAAGAUCAUGCUUGUCCAGAGGGACAACGGCAACCGUGCUGACCGCAAGAACGCGCGUCUGAAAUACACGAUCGACCGCAUGGGUCUCGACAACUUCAAGGCGGCAGUCGAGCAGCUGCUCGGGUACCAGCUCCCGCCCGCACGGCCGUUCUCGUUCGACAAGAACAUCGACGACUUCGGGUGGACCACGGGCGAGGACGGCCGGCACCACUUCACGGCGUUCAUCGAGAACGGGCGCAUCCAGGACGAGCCCGGGCGCGACUUCAAGACGGGCCUGCAGGAGAUCGCGAAGGUGCACAAGGGCACGUUCCGCCUGACCGCGAACCAGCACCUGAUUGUUGCGGACGUCGCGACGGAGGACUUGCCCACGAUCAAGCGGAUACUGGCGCAGUAUAAGCUCGAUAAUGUGUCGCAGUCGGGCUUGAGGCUGUCGUCGUCGGCGUGUGUCGCGUUCCCGACGUGUGGGCUUGCGAUGGCGGAGUCGGAACGGUAUUUGCCGAUCCUCAUUGACAAGGUCGAGAAGAUCUGCGAACAGAACGGUCUGCGCAACGACUCGAUCGUUAUGCGCAUGACUGGCUGCCCGAAUGGUUGUGCACGGCCAUAUCUUGCAGAAAUCGCCUUCGUAGGCAAAGCCCCCGGCACGUACGCCAUGCUCCUGGGCGGCGGCUACUACGGCCAGCGGUUGAACAAGAUCUACCGAGAAUCCGUGACGGAGCCGGAGAUCCUCGCGAUACUCGGCCCGAUGAUCCAGCGCUUUGCGCGGGAGCGACACCAGGGCGAGCACUUUGGCGACUUCGUCAUCCGCGCGGGCUACAUCGCGCCGACGACGGAGGGCAAGCUGUGGUACGACCGCAUGGGCGGCGAGGGUCAGCACCGCGAGAUCGCGGUGGCCGCAUGA